CCGCGGCAGAGCCUCAGUGGGCCGGCCCCCCUCCUCCAUAAGAAGGGACUUAUCCCCCACGAUUCUUGGCGUAGGCUGUGCUAAAACUGCCGGUUCAUACAUGCUUGGAAUUCACACCCAAUUAUCUUAGUUGGCCAUCUUAGUUGGCCCUGCUCCAAUUACUACUCCAAGCCUCGAAAUGGCCAAGGCCGCCUUUUUGACACUGACCAUCCGCAACCUCCCCCGAGGCACCACCGAUGAGGAUGUCCGCAACCAUAUUAACCAGCGCUAUUCAAAUGCCCAGCCCGUCGUCGGCCCCAUCGUGGGCGAUUCCUUGAGACCUGGCAUGGUCUACACUACCGUCACUGUUCGCCAAGACAGCGACGAUAAGUGUAGGGCACUGAGAGACGGCCUGAACCUCAAGUCCUUCUGGCCCCGACUUCCAGAGCCCGGGGCGGAUAGCGAGGCCAAGAUCGCAGUCAACGAUGAGUUUCUCGGCGUUACCACCAUUGCCGAGCAUGAAAAUCCCCAGUUUGACCUAUACUUCAUUCAUGGGCUCGGUGGUCAUGCCUUCAGGUCCUGGAGUACCGACAAGGACUUUCCACGCAUGUGGCCCAGAGACUUCUUCCCCAACGAUGUUCGGGACAAACCCCUGAACCCUAAUGACCCCCAAGGCCCCAAGCUUGCGGGGCGCUUCUCAACCAUUGGCUACCGGGCGAGUGCAUUCAACACUUGGUCCGCUACAACCACCAUCGAGAAAACGGCCGAGAAUCUCCUCGCCGCCAUCAUGGCUGAUCGGCCUCAGGGCACCACUCGUCCAAUGUACUUUGCGGCUCACAGUCUUGGUGGACUCCUAACCUGUCAGGCAAUUAUACGGGCCCUGCACAACAAGGCCGAUAAAUCUGAGCUGCAAGAGACAUACCGCGAAAUCUUCAUCCAGAACGGCGAGAUCUUGGUUAAAGGGAUCUUCUUUUUUGGCACACCUUUUGAGGGUUCCAGCCUGGCCAACUACAGCUCCAAGAUUGUUAAAUUCCUUCGUGGCAACGAAGCCCUUAUCGACAGCCUGAAAGUCCGUUCCGAGGAGCUAGCCACGAUCGUGGCAAAGUUCAACCAGCUUCGAAGCAACGAGGAAACCAAAAUACCGAUUCUGAUUUCCUAUGAGAUGCAGCCCAUGUAUAGCGUCAAGUUUGUGACACUUCCUGAUUCAGCCACUAGCACAUUCAACGCGCUGUCUCUGGGGAUUGACGGGGAUCACAGAACAAUGAUCAGGUUUCAACAUAACCAAGAAGAGAGCUAUCGAAAGGUGUCACAGCACAUGAUUCGGAUGAUACAAUCAUCCUUGUCGGGAUCCAACACUAUUCCCUCCAUGGCCCCCGGAAGCCCUCCAGCUCGGUUCAAUCCGAGCCCACUACUCAGAUCCCAGACCGUCGGCUCUACUCAGUCACUUCCGCCGUAUCCAGGUCUAUUUUCCCCAGGGCUAUCUCCAGGGCUCUCCCCAGGGCUGUCCCCGGGAGUAUCACCGGGGCUCUGGCAAUCUCAAUACGCUGACCCCCGAUCCUCGACGUCCAGCUCUAUAGGAUUAGGGAGUGCAGUGACGCCAGCCUCAUCAUUGAUGUCCCUCCCCGUCUACCCCUCGCCUGAUUCAAAAGCAAUUGAUCCGUUGGUCAAUAAUCCAUUUGCAAGAGCCCACUCCCCCGUUGCGCCCGUCAGCAUGAACGACUUCGUCCAAGCCGGGCCACAAGGUAAAGAAGACAAGAAUGAGUUCGCCAUGUUGAGACAGUUUGAUACCGUCUUCUUGCUCGACGAUACGGGAUCCAUGUCCGAGCAAGAUGACAAUGGAAAGUCCAAGUGGGACGAACUCAUCCAGAGCCUCCAGUACAUCGUCGACAUCGUCUGCCGUUACGACAAGGACGGUAUCGAUGUUCACUUUUUUAUCAACGAUGAGAAAGAUGAGCACAACAUUACCGAUGGGCAGAGAAUUCUGGAUCUGCUUACCAAAGAGGUUGCCCCCGACGAGGGCGGCGGCGGGACUUACAUAUCCCAGCAGCUCUGGGUCAUCUUGACGACUUAUCUGGAAAGGUUCGAGGACUACAAGAAGAGGCUCAACGAGAAGCCGCGGCCAGAGAGGCCCAAGAUGCUGAACCUAGUCAUCAUCACGGACGGAGCCGCAGACGACAAGGAAGAAGUCGAGGAUGUCAUUGUCGAAGCUGCAAAGACACUGGACAGACUCCGUGCGCCUCCCAAUCAGCUCGGCAUCCAAUUUCUGCAGAUUGGCAAGGACGACGACGCCGCAAGGUGGCUUAAUCUCCUAGACGACGCUCUCAAAGACAAGCACCGCAUUCGAGAUAUUGUGGACACACGUCCUUGGGACAGCCCCAAGGAAAUGAACAAGUCGCUGCAAGACAGGCUGGCACAAAUCCUGCUCGGCGGCAUCUCUCGAGCAAGGGAUAAAGCAGAGACAGCUACCAUGUCGUGAUAGCUAGCACCACUCGAGCGUGCCACAUAUAAUUGCGGAGCAGCCGUUUGAGACAAGGAGUGGGCCGGUGGAACGGGCGGUGGAGAUGCUUAAUUUGCUUUGAGACUUGUUUUCCCUAACAUGCUUGAAGACCCCUCUUCAAUGAUAAGGUCCUCAAUUCAAAUCUGACUGUGGACAUUGUUACUUUUGCCCGAUGUCGUUUGUUGACAUGCUUUUUGCUGCCUUUAUUUUUUUGGUCCUCGACCUCGAAACUGACUGGUAAGACGGCAU